AUGGAAACGACACAAUGUCCAGAACAGCUUUGGGACUACGCCAUUACCUACGUGGUAAUUGUGCGUAAUAAUACCGCUCGCAAAGCCUUAAAUUGGCAAACGCCAUUAACGGUUAUGACAGGUGACACGAGCGAUAUUUCAGAAUUGUUGGAUUUCGAGUUCUACGAACCGGUACAAUAUUUUGACAAUCCUGAAAUUAAAUUUCCACAAGCUAAGGCUAAAGUUGGUCGGUGGCUUGGUAUUGCAACAAAUGUUGGACAAGCUAUGUGCUACUAUGUCCUAACAGACAAAGGAACCGUGAUAGCGCGAUCCACAGUCACACCACUUCACAAAGUUGAUUCGACUGCUUUGCAAACCUCUCUUACAGCUUUUGAUGCUAUGAUAAGGGCUAUUUAUCAGCCUACUGAUUUUGCUCACAGCACUAAAAAGCAAGCUGCCUCGUUACGACGAGAUGAAGCAAUGAAGGUUGCCAGAAAAACUGGUGAACCUGAAGAUCCAGGAGUCCGUAAUAGACAUGUUCUGUAUGACUUAAAUGAGGGAGCCGACCAUGACCAAGUGGAACCAGGACUAUCAGUUGAUGAUUACUACGGUAACGACGACGAAAAAGAGUCUGGUUCGUCGGAUCUCCUUGUCGGCAGCGAAGUACUCCUUACUAAGGGAGGUAUACAACAUCUAGGCAAAGUCACCAAGCGUGAUAAAAAUGGCCAGCCCAAGGGCUCAAACGAAACAACCAAUUAUGUUGUUGAGUUCAAUGAUGGUACUGAAGAGAUUCAUGGAUACAAUGCUCUGCUUGACGCUGUGUAUAAGCAAAUAUUGUUGACCAUCAAAGGCGCCCACGUGGCGGCCGAGGACGAACGAAAGGUUGGUUCCUCCGUGUUAAAUGGGCCAAUGGUGAAUACACCUGGGAGCCUCUUACCUCUUUAA